AUGGCGAGCACUUCGCAAACCACUUCCCCGCGAGAAAGCGAAUGCGAUCAACUAAUUUGGUGCAAUUCCAAACAUCGAGAAUCAGAUCGUCAUGAAGGCGAGGACACCGAACUGCCUAACACCGAUCUAAGCUCAGAAGAAGAUCGGUUCAUUCCCGUUGGGAUCUCGGUCGAUGAUAUCUUGCCCUUGUUGGAUCACGAAGGGCAGAUUGGAGGAAAGAAAACUUCGAGUUUGAUCAAAUCUGUCAACAGUAUGUUGAACUCAUGUGGUCUGGAUAACAGCGGUGUUACGAUUAUAAUCCCACGGGACGACCAGCGACCCUCGAACCCUCCGGCAGGGUACAUUUGCCUAUACGAAGGUUACUUCUCUAAAUGCCGCCUCUGGUUUCCGAUUCCUGCUUUGUUGUCGAGGUACGCCCAGAGGCGUAGGGUGCCGAUCUGCCAGUUCGCCCCGGGUAGUGUUUGUAAUUUCGUCGCCGCCCUUACUAUAGCGGCCGAAGUAGGAGUUCAAUGCUUUGAACAGUUGUCAGAUUUCAAAAUAUCGAAAAGCAAAGAGAACUGGGAAGUGAAUAUGAGGCCAAAACAUAACUUUCUCCCUGGCAGGAAGGUCAGCAAAUUCAAAAAAUGGGCCGACUGCUAUUUUUUCGUUCGCGUCGACCAAUACUCGUUCGAGGACCCGCUAGGCUUCCAUCGGAGAGUGUGGAAUGAAAAUCCUGAUCGUCCCCUCUUUGCGACUCGUCUAGCUCGCGGCUAUCAAUCUGCCAGAGACGCAUUAUUUUCUGGGACUUCGCGACGGUGGGAGCUUAUUACUCGUAGGAGAGUCAAAAAAGUAAUGGGAAAGCCAGGACAAAGUUUCGCGAGUUCGCUAGGACAAGCGUCUGUUGGAGCAUGUGUUAUUGAUGCUAGCUCCCUUCAAAUUGUGCAUCCGGACUCUCAGGCUUUUGUCCGAACUGACACCGACCCUGUUGAGGGUAAUGAAGAAAACAUCGACAUAGUUGGUGUUGAGGACGUCGUUGAAAACGACAGUCCUGCUCCUACCCUUGAAGCAGCUGACCCUCCAGCCACCGAAGAGAACAUCCUUCCGCCCGAAGCUGGGGAAAGAAGGAAAAAGAAAAAGAAGCAAAGCAAAGGGAAGCAGAUCGGAGACGAGUCAGUUUUGGAGCCAGGAAAUGAUAAAACCAACUGUUUCGCUUUUGACUACUUCGGCGAUUAUCCCUUGGUGACAAAUCGUGCGGCUUCUGGCGAACUCUUCCGGAAUCUGAAGACUUCCAAUCGAAUCCACCCGGAAGCAGAUAAACUGAAGUUCUACCCGGCUUUCCUCGAUGUUGCCGAAUCCCAUUUUAUGACUGCUGCCAAGAUCAACACGUUGACCCAACUGUAUGACAGGCAAGUCAAUUCUCACGCGAAUUCUGGAUUCGAGUUAGAGAAACUGAAAGAAUGCACGGAACAGAUCAGAGCGGCCAGCCUAGGGAAAGACGCCUGGAUCAAAGAACUCGAAGCCACUCUUGCCGAAAGGGACGGGAUAAUCUCUAAAUCCGAACUGAGAAUUGGCGAACUAGAUUCGCGUAUAGUCACUCUUGAAGAGGAGAACGCCAAACUGCGCCAAGAAUGCGAAGGGCUGAAAACCAAACUGGCUUCCGAAGUGAAAAGAGUUCACCGGGAUCGGCUUGAAAAAGUGGAGCAAACACCAAAGAAAGCACAGACCCGACUGGAUAAAGUCAGGGCUUAUCUGGUCGAACAAGACAAAGUUCGCCCCCUGGAGGAUCUGUUGAACCAAGCUACUGGAGUGCAGGAAACGGUGCAAUAUCUUAUUGGAAAGGGGGCCGUUAUUCCUGAUGAGCAAAUCGCGGAGAUCGAUAAAAACAAGGCCAAGGCCGAGGAAGCUAUCAAUGGGAUGGUUGUCCUCGUACUGGGUGAAAAUGACCUCGUCAUGUCCCCGGAUCACCUCGGCUAUGGACUUCUCCACCCCAGGACCAUGGCUCCGGAUUCCGUUCGUCAUCCGCAUGGCUCCAAUGCUGAGAUCUUCCAGGCCAAUCUGACCGGUGCCUCGGAUGUUUGA